AUGCCAGGUUUAACAACGGCGCAGGUCACCGAGCUCAGUGCUGUCAAUGUCGUGAUUCACCCACUCGUUCUUCUUUCAGUAGUCGAUCAUGCAGCUAGAGUACCACUCUCCAAAAACAAGAGAGUGCUAGGUGUAUUGUUGGGUCAAGAUAACGGCGGAAUAAUCAAUGUUGCUAACAGUUUCGCAAUCCCCUUUGAGGAGGAUGAGAAAGAUCCCAGGACGUUCUUCUUAGAUUUAGAUUAUGUUGAAGAGAUGUGGAGGAUGUUCAGGAAAGUGAAUGCAAAGGAGCGACCUAUAGGUUUCUACCACACAGGACCUCGACUCCGAUCAUCAGAUCUUGAAAUAUCGGAACUUUUCAAGCGAUUCUGCCCUCGUCCAGUAAUGGUCAUCGUGGAUACUAGAGCUACUGGAGGUAGAGGUGAUACAGGUAUUCCAACGGACGCUUAUUUCGCUGUGGAGGAAAUCAAAGAUGAUGGCACAGCAACUCAGAGAACAUUCACACACGUACCGACUAGUAUCGAAGCUGAAGAAGCUGAAGAAAUCGGUGUCGAACAUCUACUACGUGAUAUAUCAUCUUCAUCAUCAGCGCCAUCAUCAUCACUCCUCACCACGCAAUCCUUAUCUACAAAAGUAACAUCGCAAUUACAAUCAUUGAGAGGUCUACAUUCAAGGUUGAUAGAGAUUAAAGACUAUUUAUUGGCCGUGAGAAAAGGCAAAUUACCUAUAAAUCAUCAAGUCAUCUAUCAAUUACAGGAAAUAGUAGGAUUAUUACCUCAAUUAGGUGGCGACGUGGAAUUAGGAAAAGCGUUCAGAGUAGGAGUGAAUGAUUCUACUUUGGUAGUUUAUCUGAGCGCUAUGAUCAGAACUGUCUUAGCUCUACAUGAUCUGAUUGAAAAUCGGAUUGAAAACGCUCAACAAGAGCUCGAAGAUUCAAAAUCACCUCAAGAUAAAGCCAAUGAAGCUGCCGCCGAAGCUGCUGGUGUCAAAGUCGAAGAUGUAGCUAGAGCGAAGAAGGAAGCGGAAGAAGAUAAAGAAAAGGAAAAGGAAAAGAAAAAGUAG